AUCCGGAUAAACAAACGGGGGAGUUGCGGCUCGGACUGAGGCGGACAGGCAGCCUGUAUCCUGACAUUUUUUUGCAAAAAUAUUCCGGAUAAUAAUGCAGUCUUCCAAGAGGAGCGAGAAUGACUGGCAGGGGCUGGUGAGCGAGUUCCUGGUGUGUAAGCGGAAGCUGGAGAGUAAGAAGGAGGCUCUGCUCAUCCUGUCUAAGGAGCUGGACACCUGUCAGCAGGAGAGGGAUCAGUACCAGCUGAUGGCCAACCAGCUGAGGGAGUGCCACCAGGGACUGAAGAAGAAGUACAGGGAGCUCAUCGACGGUGACCCUUCUUUGCCACCAGAAAAACGCAAUCAAGUGAACCUGGCUCAGCUGCUGAGAGACUCCAGGGAACGAGCCAAAAAGCUGACGGAGGAGGUGAAGGAGCUGACGCAGAGGCUGACGGAGGCCCAGGGGGACAGCAAGCUGCUAAGGCUGACCAUAACUCGACAGAGGCUAGGCGAUGAGGAGGUGGGGCCGCGACAUUUCCCCCCCCAUGAACGUGAGGACCUUGUUCACCAGCUGGAGAGAGCAGGGCUCCAGAUGGAUGAGAUGGAGCACAACAUGAAGGCUCUGACCGACGAGCUGCAGGACGUGAAGGCGGAGCGCGGCGUGUUCAGGGAGAAGACCUACCGCCUGAACGUGGAGCUCAACCACGUCCUGGGCAACCGUGAGGCACGCAUCAUUGAUGUGGAUGCCCUCUGCAUGGAGAACAGGUAUUUGCAGGAGCGGUUGAGCCAACUGCAAGAGGAUGUGAACCUGCUGAAAUCCAACAGCAUGAAAUACAAGACAGCUCUUGAGAGGAGGAAGAACUCCAGCACGUACGGAAAGUCAAACAGCAGCAGUCCGCUAACUGGAGUCCUCUCGGCAAAACAAGUCCAGGAGCUGUUCCUGGAGGAGCCGGGCUGCAGCCUGCCAGCCACGCCUCAGUCCAUCUCCGACCUCAAGUCUCUGGCCACGGCUCUGUUGGAGACCAUCCACGAGAAGAACCUGGUCAUCCAGCACCAGAGGCACACCAACAGGAUCCUGGGAAACAGAGUCGGAGAUCUGGAGAGGAAGCUGAAGACGUUAGAGGUGUCAGGACUGUGGAGUCUCCCAGGCUUGACCUACCGCGUAUCUGUGGGAAUUGGGAGAACACGAGACAACAACACAAUGAAUGAAAAUCUUCAACCGGAGCUUCACCCAACACAAGCCACGCCUUCCCCACACCUGCAGCCACCCAAAGAUGGAUCAUCGUGGGAAUGCCACUCCGCUGGCAGCGACCUCGGCACAGAUGGCACACCUGCACUGCUCCAAAUCCUGCAGCCUCUCCCGGGGUUGGAGACGAAUGGAAUUGACAGGAGAGACGGAGAAAUCUUGACGGAAGACGGAGCCCCCUUGGAGCUGGGGGAGGGGCGCAGUCCGGUGGAGGAGGCGGGGCAUGAGGUGGAGGGGGUGGAGGAUGAAGAGCUGGGCUCCACGGUGGAGGAAGGAGAGGAGGCCGCUCUGGCGCUAGGUGUCACAGCCACUGACUCACACCUUCCCUGGCUUCCAAUCAAACAAGCGUCUGCGGAUCUUUCAGAGGCGGGUCGGCAUCAGCCCGGAGAGUCCCAGGACGAUGGGUCAGAUCAUGAACCUGAACAUGUAGAAGCCUCAACCCCAGAGAGCCGGUCCAGCACAGGGGAGUGGGACGUUUUGGAUCUGCGCAGGGACGCCUGUCGAUCUGAAAACUUGGCAUGAUCUCCCCUCGCUUAAAGACUUACUCAAACUCUUCUCAUUCUUAUUGAUAAUUGGCAAAGCCUUGUGAAGCUGAACGGCUUGUCAGUAUGACGUUUCAACGAUAUGUGUAGGAGGUACUCCAAAGGAUUCCUGAAAAACUAGUUCUGAAAUAUCAGAGAGAAGUAGACAAACAUAAGUACACUAUGCAUUGAAAGUUAACUCUCAAUAUAAUUUGAGAAUGAAAGGAUAUUCAAAUCAAGGGAAAAGCUUACCGGUCCAAAAGCAAGUGGCACUUUACAUUUGAAUAACUUAUGUUAAGGGUAAACAGAGACAUGAAUGUUAUUGCGCAGCAGGGUAAUUCAAUGUAGUGAUUUAUUUUAGGCUCCCUACAGCUUUCAUUAUGUAAUUAUAAUAAUAAUACAUGGUAUUUAUAUAGCGCUUUUCCUGGUGCUCAAAGACGCCUAUACCAUACAAGUCAAUUACCCCCCUUUAACCUUUGUUUAAAGCCAGGGUUCUUGUGGAUACUUAAACAUUCUUAAAAGGCAUUGAAUUAUUGAAUCUAAAAGUAAGGCAUUCAUUGGUAAUACAAUGUCUAAAAUCAAUCUUUUACAGUCUAAAAACUGCUAAGACAUAGAAAGUAGUAACAGGAAGUAGUAGUUUUGCCUCUAAGAUAUUUGACUUCGGUUAGCUAACGUAUUUGGACAGUAGCUGUUUUUAGGGAGGGGCUUAGCCAAGGUUUGAUGGCAUGAAUCAUCCUGAGUUCACUCAGCGUGGCCAGCGCUCAUUAGCUCCCUGCUCCACCUAGCCGCUCUGUUUUAGUCAAUAAAACGGAGAGAAAACACUUUUUCAGCCGGAGGUUCAUUUUGUACACAGACAUGAACAGACAAUCUUAAAAUGAAUGGAGUUGCAAACUUCAUGCCCUACAGGAAGAGUUACGAGAAUAACAAAUAUGGCAGCCUCCCUCCGUCCUCCCCCUGCGAUUCGAUAAUCCCAAAUGUUUGCUUUCUUCUUCCUCCUAAGGGAUGCCACUAACUGAGAGCUUUUAAUCUCAUAGGGGGUCUUAAUUGACUUGCCGAAAAUUGAGAAGAAUGUGCUUUGUACAUUAUGUGUAAAUGAAUAACUCUAAUAUUACAGAUUCUAUUGAUGUCUAUCCAUCUGUACGGGUGAAUCAGUGAGUUUUUAUUUUUAUUUAUUUGUAUUUAUUUAGAUGUAGGUAUUUGGAUGAGACUACAUGUGCCUUAUAUGUGGGAAACACUGGUAUUUAUUCAUAUAAACUGCAUAAACCUGCAAUAUGAAGUUGGUAUUUUCUGACUCAUGCACAUACAAAACAAAAACACUUUGACAUUGAGCGUUUUUGAUUUAUAUUUUUUUCCACGCAGACAGGAACUUCCUCUGAUCUAAACUUGUGGUUGACUUUGUGAACUUAUAUUUGUUUGAGCUUUCACACACUGAUGAGGUUUGUUUGAUAUCAAUUUUCUGCACCAGAAAAUGAGCCCAUAUCUGCAGCAAAUCUCUUCUCUCUCUCAUU